AGAGAGCGCGGCCUCUUCAGUUUCCCCCUCUCGACCAGAUUGCAAGAAGAGAGAAGAGAGAAACGUCUUUUCAUAGCUGAAGAGAGAGAACACACCAGAAAAACCUUCUCUUCCAAUUUUCGAAGCUUCCAAAAUCCAAGAACACAACCCGCAUCACGUGUCUUGGGUUUCGAAACCAGUUUUUCCCCGCCUCCUAUUGGGUAUCCAUCAAUCUUACGGAACUUCAAUUUUUCUUUCUUCUUCUUCAUAUAUAUAUAUAUAUAUAUACACACACACACAUGUAUAUAUGUAUUUACAGAGUAAAGAAGAAACGCAAACAUUUCGAAGAGGACAGAGUUUCAAGAAUCUGAUUCUUCCAGAGACUGUUAGAGAGAGAGAGAGAGAGAUAGAGAGAGAGAGAGAGAGAAUGGGAGAAGACGGCGGAGAGGAUAGGGCAAAGGCGGGGGAGAGGUCGUCGGGCGCGUACAAAUGGCUGGCGAGCUUCCAGAGAGAUCUGAUGGCGGGGGCGGUGAUGGGAGGGGUGGUGCACACAAUCGUUGCCCCAAUCGAGAGGGCGAAGCUGCUUCUUCAGACGCAAGAGAGCAACAUCGCCAUCGUCGGCGGCGGCGGAAGGAGGAGGUUCAAGGGAAUGCUCGAUUGCAUCGUCCGUACCGUCAGGGAAGAAGGCAUUCUCUCUCUCUGGAGAGGCAAUGGCAGCAGCGUCCUCCGCUAUUACCCUUCCGUCGCCCUCAAUUUCUCCCUCAAGGAUCUUUAUCGAAACAUGCUAAGGAACGGAAACUCCCAAGAUGGUGGUCAUUUUGCGUCUGGCGCAUCUGCUAACUUCAUUGCUGGGGCUGCAGCCGGUUGCACCACAUUAGUCCUAAUAUACCCGCUUGAUAUUGCCCACACCCGUCUUGCAGCCGACAUUGGAAGGACCGAUGCCCGACAGUUCCGUGGAAUCUACCACUUCCUCUCCACCGUGCACCAAAAAGACGGACUCCGCGGCAUCUACCGGGGGCUUCCAGCCUCUCUACAUGGAAUGGUCGUCCACCGGGGUCUCUACUUUGGAGGAUUUGACACCAUGAAGGAAGUAAUGUCCAAAGAAUCCAAACCCGAAGUGCCACUUUGGAAACGCUGGAUUGUCGCUCAGGCAGUGACCACCUCGGCAGGGUUGUUGUCAUAUCCAUUGGACACGGUUCGGAGGCGGAUGAUGAUGCAGUCCGGGCUGGAGCAGCCAAUGUACCGCAGCACUCUGGAUUGUUGGAGGAAGAUAUAUACGACAGAAGGGGUGGCGUCGUUUUACCGUGGCACGGUUUCUAACAUGUUUAGGAGUACAGGGGCUGCUGCGAUAUUGGUUUUGUAUGAUGAGGUCAAGAAGUUCAUGAACUGGGGAAGGUUGUAGCAGGAAAUCCCAUUUUGGUUGCUUGUUGUUUUCAACUUUCAAGGAAAGGAUUAAAAAAGAAAGGAAAAGAAAAAUACACACAGGAAUGAUGAGACAAAUUUACAGUACAGCGUCUAGGAGGAUUAUUAACAUUUUGUUAAGGUGGGAAAGUAAAGUGAGAGAGAGAGAUUGAUUUGGCUUCGGUGCACACUGCACUAGUGACAUUCAUUUUGCCACGUUGCUUUUUUGGGCGUCUGGCAAUUCAGACCUUGAUUUUUUUUUUUGU